AAAUAAUUACUAAAAAGUACACGGAUUUUGCUUUAAAAACAAUAUGAAAUUUCGAGUUUCCUGGAAUCCGCUAUUUGAUAAUACAAGUCAAACAGAGCUUUAUUUAUCUUAUUAUUAACAACUAAAAUGAUAUAAACAAUGUAACAUUGUGAAGAAAAGUAAGACAAUGUUAAUUGUUAAGUGCCCCGUGCCCCUCAUCAUUUAUAACCCAAACACCCUCUUCAUCAGGCAACUUCUCAAAAACAAGAAAUUUAUGAAUCAAAACACCAAAUUUGAAACUUGAGAGCGAAAAAAAUGACUUCACCUUGCAUCAAGGAAGUCUCUAGAGCCUGUUUCAGACGUUGCUGCCCCACUCAACUACUCGGGCUGCCCGAGGAACAGAGUCCCAAACAAGCGAUUUCACCUUCCAGGUAUGAUUUCAUUGCUGCAACAGCCUUUUCGCUUCCUCCAAAUGCUCAAUUCACUAACCAUGAAUCAUUACCCGACCUCGAACGAUCGUUUUCCACCAUGAAAAAAGCUUACCCUCACUACCCAGAGACUGACCGAGCUGACCGAAUCCGGAGUGACGAAUUCUAUCACCUCUCCAACAAUAACCAUGUAUGUCUUGAUUACAUUGGUCAUGGGUUGUUUUCGUAUUCGCAACAGUUACAUUCCAAUGCGCCUUUUUUUAAUAUUAUAUACAAAUCAGUGAAUUUGUAUGCACAGAUUACGCAUGGUGGUCAAGAACAGGAAUUUGAAUCGGUUAUUAAAGAGAGGAUUUUUAGGUUUAUGAAUAUUUCAUCGGAUGAUUACUCUUUGGUUUUUACAGCUAACCAGUCAUCGGCAUUCAAAGUGUUGGCAGAUAAUUACCCUUUUCAUACAAAUCGUAAUCUUUUGACUGUAUAUGACCAUGAAAAUGAAGCUGUGGAAACCAUGAUUGAGAGUUGUAAGAAAAGGUCAGGGCGAGUUGACUCGGCCCUGUUCUCGUGGCCUAACAUGAGAAUCCAAUCGAAAAGACUCAGGAAAUCGGUUUCGGUUGUGGAUAAAAACAAAAAGAAAAAGAAAAAAAAGGGACUUUUCGUUUUCCCGCUUCAAUCUAAAGUUACGGGAACACGAUACUCGUAUCUUUGGAUGAGUUUAGCUCAAGAAAACGGGUGGCAUGUUUGUCUUGAUGCCAAUGCAUUUGGAGCAAAAGACAUGGAGACAUUAGGACUCUCCCUUUUCCACCCAGAUUUCUUAAUCUGUUCAUUUUACAAGAUUUUUGGAGAAAACCCAUCUGGAUUCGGGUGUCUUUUUGUUAAAAAAACAAGAUCAACGAUUCUCAAUAACUCAUCUACAACCACAGGAUUGGUUAACAUUGUUCAAGCUUCUAACCGCCCUCUGUUUCUCCAACAAUCCGGGAGUCUCAACAAUCCGGGAAAACGAGAAGACAUAGCCAUGGCAAGCUCAAGCUCCACCUCCAGCUCAUCAAUCUCCAAUCAAGAAACCUUCGAAAUCCAAGAAAUCAAAGGAAUUAAUAAAGAAAAGACGGAAUUGUCCUUUUCUGAUCUCUGGAAACUGGAUAAGUCCGUUGACAAAAACGAAGCAAGCACCAGUGGGGUUACCUCAGAUAUCGAGUUUCGUGGGUUAGAUCAUGCAGACUCGUUAGGUUUGAUAUUGAUAAGUACGAGGGUAAGGUACCUGGUCAACUGGCUGGUCAAUGCAUUCGGUAGUCUUCAACAUCCACAUUCGGAAGAUGGGGUGCCUUUGGUUAGGGUUUAUGGGCCAAAAGUGAGGGUGGAUCGAGGUCCUGUGGUGGCUUUUAAUGUGUUUGAUUGGAAAGGUGAAAAGGUUGAACCUACACUUGUGCAGAAGUUAGCAGAUAGACAUAACAUUUCUCUUAGUUAUGCGACUUUAAAACAUGUUAGUUUUGUGGACAAGAGUUGUGAAGAGAAGGAAAGAUUAGUAGAGGUAAAAGGCAUUGAGAAUGAUGGGCGUAAUAGUCCGAUGAACAAAAGGAAAGAGAAGAUAGAGGUAGGGAUACCUGUGAUCAUGGCUACAGUUGGGUUUUUGACAAAUUUUGAAGAUGUUUAUAGAGUGUGGGUGUUCGUUUCAAGGUUCUUGGAUGCAGAUUUUGUGGAGAAAGAAAGGUGGAGAUAUAUGGCGCUUAAUCGGACAACUGUUGAGGUUUAGAUUUGAAGGUCAAAGAUUUCAUUUCAAGAAUUUUAAUUCAUCAUUCAAUUAUUCAUCUGUUCAUAGAAUUUCCGAUACAUAAAUAGUUGUCAAAUCACAAAUGGGAUCUCUCAUUUGUAGCAUCCGUGAUGCAAGUAGGAAUUCAAGAAUCAAUAAGCUAAUAAACUGCAAAGCAUUUUAUAAUUC